AUGCGCACGACGUUGGGUGUGUCGGCCGCCUUGAGAGGACCGAGGUCGCUCGCCGCCACCAGUCGUCAUUUCGGCCUGGCACGUGCCCGCGACAGAAUUGAUGCGUCGGGUUUGCAUCGCGUCGCUGCGGGACAGAGUCGACAGAGCCUGCUCGCCGUGGAUGCAGACGACCUGCCGCCGCCGCCGCCGCCGCCUGCAGAGCUCAGUGCGGCCAUGAUGCAAACAAACAUGAUCGCUGGUCUCCCAAUGCGGGGUCUCGUUCAGUGUGCUUCGUGGAGGCCAUCCGACGGACCUCCGACCGCAUCCACCGUGACCAGACUUGUCCAACGGAAGCUUUUCUCCCACUUUUCGCAAUUGUCGCCUCCUCCCCAAGGCUUCUACCAAGAACAACAGAGCGGCAAACGUCACGGAACUGCACAAAUGCGUCCAUCGACUUCCAAUACCGCCCGUCUAUUUCCCGACCGUUUUUACGUCUUCGAGCUCGAACACGGCAAACAGACAGCGAACCACAUUGGACCCAUGAGAGGGCGAGUGCGGCUGCCAAACGCAGUUGAUGUUGUCGUCGUCGUCGUCGUUGAGUACUCGGCGGAGGACGUCAGAGCGGGGAAGAUGCUGGAUCCGGAGAUCCGCGGCGAGCCGGUCCGCCGGUUUGAUUCGAUUGUAUUUCUCUGCUCUCUAGACGCCCGCAUACCUUUCCAACUGGUCGCCGACUCGCGACGCGUCCCCGACGCCCCCUCCCCUGCGCUGGGUCGCACAAUGCCCAUUCCUUAUGCCUUUGUAUCCCUAGUCACCUCCGACCAUUAUCUCCCCGGCGCACUCGCCCUCGCCGCUGCCCUCAGGGAUGUCCAUCCCUCUCCUCCCUCUCCCCCAGAGGUUGACUUUCAGUCCGUGUGCCUCGUCACUCCCGAGUCCGUCGAUGUCUCCACCAUCAAACUCCUCCGAAGAGCAUAUGACACCGUAAUUGGUGUAGAGCUCAUCGAGCAGCAUGAUGACAAGGGUUUGCAGCUACUUGGUCGUCCGGAUCUCAACCAUGUCCUUACAAAAUUACACAUAUUUCGCCUCACUCGAUAUUCAAAGCUAAUAUUCCUCGAUGCCGAUGUCCUCCCGAUUAGACCGCUAUCACACCUCUUCACUAUUCCGCACGAGUUUGCAGCAGUACCGGACGUCGGAUGGCCGGACAUAUUUAAUUCUGGAGUGCUCGUCGUUAGUCCCGGACAGGACAAGUUUAGCGAUCUCAUGCAACUCCUCAAAACCAAGGGUAGCUGGGAUGGCGGCGACCAGGGAAUCUUGAAUGAAUGGAGGGGCGGAGAUUGGCAUCGUCUCAGUUUCACCUACAACACCACCCCUACCGCCGCGUACACAUACGCCCCGGCGUAUGAACGGUUUGGCUCCCAGAUAAAAGCUAUUCACUUCAUUGGCCCACAUAAGCCAUGGUCCUCUAUACCCUAUCGUGCACCUGGUGUAAAAACCGCACAAGGACCAGAUCCGGGCGCCUUACCGGAGCAGCAGCGCCAGCGAGCGUACGACUUUGAUUCUCUGGUUGAUCGCUGGUAUGAAGUAUACGACAAGUACUAUCGCUCCGAUCUGCCAAGUGCGCGUGCCGACUUUGAGAUCCAACGGUAUGCUUCGGUAUGGGAUGGUGGCACCGAGCUGGGCGCUGAAAUGUCCCGAGUCCACGAAAGCGGAGCCGCGCCGCCGCCUGGGAGCGUGCUGGGGUUGGAGGAUUUGCGCCGGGUUGCCAUUGAGGGGAUGAGCAAUCUCGGUGGCUCGAGGUCUGAUGCGGAGGAGCGGCCGCGGGAGGGCGAGUACCGCUCAAUGCCACUGGAAGGACGAGUAGACCUCAUGCGUCCCAGGUGCGAGCCAGAACCCGAGCAUGUACAGGAUGAAGAGGCUUCAGAUCAGGCAGAAGGUGGGGAUCGGGACUUGACACCCAGACAGGAGGAAUACAAGCCACUACAUGUGGGAGGCGGAGAGGGACUAUGGCUGGAGACACUUCCUACGCCUGGUCCAAAUGAGGUUCCCUCUGCGCCAUAUCUCCACGGAUUGUCGUUGCCUCCUACUCCCUUUUAUCCUCCGCCUCAAGGUCAGUCAGAUUAUCGACAUGACCAAUCUGGUCAAUACCGCGACGGGACUCACCCGUCUAGUGGUAGCCCUCAUACUAGCCGGCAGCAUGAGGUGUCCUAUCCUGACGGUGAUCAUUCUCAUGCGAGCUGGCAGAGGCAAGAAUCUCAUCCUGACGAGGAUUAUUCUCGUGCCGGCUGGCGGACCCACGACUCUCAUCCUGGUGGUAAUCAUUCUCAUGCUGACUGGCAGCGCCCUAUACCUCAUCCUAACAGUGAACAUUCUCGCAUUGUCGAACAAAGCCGCGAAUCUCAUCCUGACGGUGAUCAUUUGCAUGUCGACCGGCAGCACCACGGGUCCCAUUUUGGUGAUGAAUCGGCUCGUGGUAGCGAGCAGAGCCGUGAAUUUCAUCCGUCUGGUGGACCACCACAUAUUGACUGGCAGCGCCAUGAAUCUCAUCCACCCAGAGAGCCCCCUCAUUCCGGAUGGCAGCAUCAUGCAUCACUCCCGCCCCAACAGGGCCAAUCCGCUCAAGAGCGACGCGAACCGCAUACAAAAACACAGCGUAGUCAACCCGGACGACAGUCCUACGACUCACAUCCGCCAGGUUCACCCGUGCAACAGCAGCAUGCGUCUCAGCAACAGCAUGAUCAUGGUCAGCACCGACCCCAAGAAGGGCAUGGUGAGCAUCGUCACCACCACUAUCGCCGCUUGGAACCUCCGCUGCCUCGGCCAUAUAAUGGUGAGAGUUCUGACGACCGCGGCCGCGAAGACCAGCAGUCGCAGCCACCGCCUUUCCACCGGCAUUCUCCUCCACGGCAGCACUCUCCUCAGCAACAUCAUCAGCAUCAUCAACACCAGCAUCAACACCAGCACCAUCAGCACCAACACCAGCACCAGCACCAGCACCAGCACCAGCAUCACCACUCGCCUCCUCGCCCGUCGUCGCCCCCGAAACUUUCCUGGAACCCCGCCAUUGAGCCUCCUCCGAACAAUCCUCCAGCUGUCAACGCCUUUCCCGAUGAUACUUACUUUCCCAAUGUCUGGGAUCAGAAGCCGUCGCAGCAGCACGACGCGGCGCAUCAGUUCUAUCCAUCAUCACAACCAUAUGUCCCGGCACCCCACUCGGACGCAUUUUUCCAUCCUCCACCACCUGCACACAUUCCAGAGCAGUUGCUGCGUCAGGGUCAUUACGCUAGUGUCAUCGGCCAUGCGCAGCCCAACAUGCCUGGUUCACCGCCGGCGGCGCCUGUCCCGGAUAGGGCCAAGGUACAGGCUGUCUUCCCGUGGGAGGAGAAACCGCGUCGCUUCCCAAAGCGUGUGUUCCCAGCGACGGACUCCCCGCCUCCAGUCGUGAGGUAUAUUGAGGAGGAGCUGCCGCCUCCGCCGCUUCCAGAGGAGCCCCCGGCAUCAUCACCAGUGCUGCAUGUACAGACACUACCUCCGCCUGUCGGGCUCCCGAACCAGCUUGCAUAUGCUAACGCGUGGGACUCGGUGCCCAGCAUUCAGAAAUACGCGUCGCGCCUCGUGAGACCAAACCAGUUCCAUCCGCACUAUCCCCAUGCAGGCGUAACGUCGCCGCAGCGGCGCAUGCAGUGGAGCGACGACGAUGGCUGGAGACGCUGGGAGAAGGAGCGGGAGCGCGUGGUGCAGGCGAAGCAGGACGCGAGCAGCAUGGAUGGUGACGAUGAAGAGGAGAGCGAGGACAAUGAUGACUGGGAGGAAGGUGGUAAACAGGAUGCAGAUGGCAAACAGGGUGAAGGUAACAAGGGUAAAGAGAGGGCAGGGAGCGCAGGCGGGAGUGCGAGCUCGUCGAAGCGAUCGCGAGCGGGCAGCUCUGCAUCUGCGACUCCAUCAGGCAAGGGGAAGAAGUACCGCACCCGCGGUGUGCAGACGAUUCCGGUGGAGACACGGAGCCAAGGCGUGCAAGUGAAAAUUGCAGCGCCUGAGGAUAGUGCACCGCAGAAGGCGAAGGAUGGCAAGCCACCUGGGGGCGGCGCACCCAGAUCGAAGCAAGACGCGGCGUCCAGUCCGAUUAAACCGAGUUUGUUGCUUCCUCCACCCCCGGUGCGCGAGUUCAGGACGGACGCAGACCAGAUGGGCUCGGUAACACCUGUCGUUAGUCAUGCACUCAGGCAUACGAUGCCGUUCCCGUCCAUGGGCUCACCGACUGGCUUGCGCUCGCCUCAGACGCUUGGAUCCCCGAGAACAUACUCGCCACCGAAGAGUCCGCCCAAGGCGCCUUCGUCUCCGAAGGGAGCGAGUCCGCCCAAGGGACCGUCGCCACCUAGGGUCGCGAGCCCAACGAAGAGUCCUACCCCCCCUCGUCUCUCGAUCCCGUCUAAAGUGCCCUCGCCUCCACAGAUUUCGAGUCCACGUAGGCUGUCGGCUGCACAUCAACAACAAUUCUCCGCAACAGGCAGAAGUGGUAGCCCGCUUGCGACGCCACCAAGUAAACCAGCAUCGCCGGUUGUCGGGCGGGCUGCAACACCGCCAUACGCGACGCCGUCGCCGAGAUUAGCGAGACUCUCGUCCCCUUCGCCGUUCGCGUCGCCUCUUGUGCGUACAUCGUCGAAUGACACCGCAUUCACGUCAUCGCCGUCCACCCAAGGCCCGGUGGCGACUCCGCCUCGUCUCACGCCGGAGAGCACUCCAGUGACAGGGCCUGGACAGAAGGGGGGACGGGUGUGGGAUCCUGCGAGAGGUGUGGAUGUGUUCAAGCGCAGUUCGGAGGAAGUGCUGGCAAGGUUUCUGCGGUUGGGGUCGUUCGAGGAUGAUGAGCGACGAGGGCAGGUGCAGCACAACCGAUGA